CUUGAACACCUGCAUUCUCCACAGACUCCCACUCAGAUUCACACCCAGACUUCUGCCCUGUAACACAUCGCGCAGCAAUUCCAAGAGCGGAGCGCAUCACUUUCUCGUCUUCGCAUCAACUGGAGCCACUCUGCUUCGCGAGUUCGCUUCUCUUGUCAACUGUCCCCGUCCCCGCCUUUGCGCAAAUCUCAGGGCGAGGGAGAAAAGGACCCAUCUCUUCUCACAGUCAAGAGGCAGCAGUAGCAGAAGUAGCAGUAGCACAGCAGUUCAGCCCAGCCCAACCCAGCUAUGGGGGACGCGCAAAAGAUGCCCAACACUAUGGGUGUUCCCAUGAAGCUUGUGUCGUUAGUCACAGUAAGGAGAAGUCGAAAGGAGGGGGAAAGAGAUUUGUGCUAACCCGUUUCCUAGCUGACCUUUCAAAACUCGGCCCUCAUACUCGUUAGUGCACCAAAGUCCCACAUGAACCCUUCGAGGGUCGAAAGGAAUGAUAUGAGAAGAAGGCCAAGGUUGACGAACACCUAGAUCAUGCACUAUUCGAGGAUUAUGCCCUCGGCCGGUGAGCAUCGAUAUUUUACUUCGACAGCAGUUUUUCUCAACGAAAUAAUCAAACUUGCGGUCUCUCUGACCAUCGCAAUGUACGAUAUAUCACGAACUUUGCCUCCCUCAACACCCGCGACAGUUCUUCUGGAGCAGCUAUACAUGUCUGUAUUUUCUGGCGAUGGUUGGAAACUGGCUAUUCCAGCAACGCUUUAUACUUUUCAAAACUCUCUGCAAUACGUUGCGGUCAGCAACUUGGACGCAGUUCAUUUUCAGAUUUUGUACCAGCUGAAGGUGGGUGGAUUCGUGUCAGUUAGGACAUCUGGAAUACUAAUAAUUCUCCAGAUUCUCACAACCGCAGUUUUCUCCGUUACAAUGCUCGGCAGAGCCCUCUCUUCAAAGAAAUGGAUUGCUCUGGUGCUCCUUACUUUAGGUGUUGCCGUAGUCCAAUUGCCAUCCGGGAGCCACGAAAGUUCCGUUUACAAUCCCAUCAAGGACUCCCAGUCUAGGUUCUACUUCCCACGAUCCUUCCACGAAAUCGGACAACUAGGCAACGGAGCCGCCGAUGUGGCGAGAGAAUUGACCAAACGCGGAAUUGAAAGCCUUUCAGAAGGGCUUGUAAAGCGAUCAGCAACAUACGAGGGAAUCGAAGAAGAUUUGGGUCUCGUAAAGCCAACCAUGAACUAUUCGAUAGGGCUUUGUGCUGUCUUGAUCGCGGCUGUAAUCAGUGGCUUGACGGGGGUCUAUUUUGAGAAGGUUCUAAAAGAAUCAACCACCCAUGUUACAGUCUGGACUAGAAAUGUGCAGCUCUCAUUUUACUCGCUGUUUCCGGCAUUGAUUUUUGGGGUCAUCAUGAAAGACGGAGAAGAGAUAUCGAAAAAUGGCUUCUUCAUUGGAUACAAUGCUGUUGUUUGGACUGCUAUUGUUUUUCAGGCUGUUGGCGGUGUAUUGGUGGCUAUGGCUAUCAAUUACGCAGACAAUAUCGCCAAAAACUUUGCAACCUCAAUUUCCAUCAUUCUUAGCUUCAUUUUCAGCGUUUGGUUCUUCGACUUCCCGGUCACAUUCAACGUAAGUGCCUCUUCACUUGCCUUGGAGUAACACGAUUAUCACUAACAUGACUUAGUUUGUUUUUGGUACCGCGCUUGUAAUUUUCAGUACAUAUUUGUAUAGCGGCCCAGAUAGAAAGCGAAACAGGCCGCCUCCCAUUAACAUCGCCAGUUACGAAAAGACAACAAUUGAUAAUGGAUAUACACCUAGAUUCGAGGAUGAAAAGAAUCUCAGCACGAGAACAGCGUUAGAUUCCAAUCUAGACAACAUCAGGAGCAGGCCUGGAACUCCGAACCCUAACACCACAAGACAUCACUCACGGGCAAGUUCUUCGAGGGGAAAGAUAAAGCGAGAUGAUUGAGUAUCUAUCUAUGGGAUGAAACAUCGCACGCAGAAGCAGAAGAGAAGAGAGCAGGCCGAGAUAGAUGGAAGGAAUGUUAAAGAAUAUUGUCCAGAGUUUGGAUUUCAAAGUGGGUCUGGUUUCCAUCUAUUUUACGUCCACAGGUGUGAAAUAUGGCGUUGUGGCAUUGGAAAAAUCAAGGAGUUCUUUUACUCCCAAAAUGGGUCGGUCACAUGCAUGUCUGGAUAUGUUCACAUUAGAUACAUGGUUAGAAUUGCAUCAGUCAAGG